ACGAGGCUUGAGUGGCCCGAAAUGUGAAUUAUAUUUGCUCUCCUCUCUCUCAUUUCCUCAGACUCAAUAUUUCGACAAACAAAGCCGCUCGUCUCUUCCCGUUGAAUCGCUGAUGGUCUCUCCCUAGAUCCAUCUCAUCCCUUCCCUUCAAUCCUCUCAUUCUCAUCUUUCAUAAACCUCCUCCCUCUGUACUCAUACACUAACGGAGCCGAACAACGAGCGACGAUGAAAAUUACUUGACGAGCGACGAGCUCUGUAAAAACUCCUCACUAGCUAUGUUAAGACUCCUCACCAACCAGCUCAAUGCCUCUCAAAUGCUAACAACGCUGGAAACUCGUCGUUAUGUACCAGAAGAAAACGAAUAUGAGCUAAAAAAAUGGCUUCAUCUUCUACUAAUAAUAGGAACAUAAGAUUAAAGCCAAGAUUGUGUGAUUGUGGAGAAACAGCUUCCAUGUAUAUUGUACAAACCAAUGAGAAUGGAAAUCAAGGACGUGUGUUUUUUGUUUGCCCAACAAAAUAUAGUGCGAAUGAACACUGCAAUUACUUCAGGUUUGCAGAUAAUGGCGACGAUGAUGUUACCUCCACAACCCAUUCCAAUGCUGGACGUCGGACAGAUAUAAGAAUAGAAGAAAUUAAUGAUCUAAGGAGAAGGCUUGGUGAGAUGGACAAUGCAAUUCAUGAGCAUGAUAGAAGGCUUCAAAGGAUAGAGAAGAUUUUCAAGGCAAUGACUUAUGUCAUUGUAUUUUGUGUAUUUUUGUACUUUAUCAUGUAAAUGACUCAGUUGUUAGGUUUUGGACAAUGUUAUGAAUGUAAUCUAUUUUUCUACUUGUUUUGUAUUUUGUUGUUGGUGCUUAAAAAUCUGUUGGUUGCUCAAUUAAU